AUGAGUACUGGUAUUGCAGGGGGGGGCGAAUUCUCGGUAACGGUGUGGGCGUUUCAACUGGUCACUGGGUGCGGAGGAGAGACAGUGGAAAUUUACCCUCCCGUCUACCAGUUUGCUGUUCCGUGUGAGCUUGAAGCUGCGAGGGCUAAUGCUCUAGCCACCAUCCGCCUUCUCAAGAGGUGGUCGGAUCCAGAGGAACUCGGUUUUGCUCGGGGCGUGCACGAGGGCUGGGUUCGCGACCUGGCGACCCACGUGCUGAUAUCCCCUUCGGGUGCGGUUGAAGAGCAGGGGUUGACGCGUCAGCUGCUCCAGGCCUUGAGGGAUUCCGAGUCCAAGCUCUGGGGAGACGGUCUCUCGUGUUGCCCAUACAUCUUCGAUAUGAACUGGGAGGUCUGUAAGGGCCGGAGCGACUUGGGUGUCGGAGACCUGGUUCUGACCAACGGGUUUGGGAUGUUCAUGGUCAUUGAAGUGAAGCACGCCACCGAGCGUCCGGGUCGCAACCAGCGCGCGAGCCGUCAUGCACAGCUUGUGAAGGUCAAAGAGCAGGCGCGUCGAUACAGAGAGGCUUUCUUGCAACGGCACCCGGGCUCACUUGCCAUGGCGUGUACUUACACUAAUGUUGAUGGGCUCUGCUUUCUCGACCCUGGGCACUCCCUAGUGCUUCAGCAAGCUGGGGGGGUGAACUCAAUUUACAAGGGCGACUUUGUGGAUAGGUUCACGGAACAGACACUAGGUGAGACAUUCCUGCGCACCGUCGCGUCUGCUGCCAUCCAAGGGCAGCUGAACUCCGUCUCCUUGAUCAGUUGUGAGUGA